UCAAGUAAGCGCUUAUGCGCCUAUCUUCUAACUAAUUUUACCAAACAGUGCUAGAGUUUUUAGUUGAUUUACACAAAUUUCUGGCGAACUACUCAACGGAUUCGUCGAGUCUAAUCAGAAAUAAGGAUGAGGUGGCACACAGCACUUCUGUGCACAACGGUGAUCGCCCUCUCGAGUUUCACAUACAGUCACGAAUAUGAGCGGAGGAGAUUCGUCAGGUCGACAGACUCACCAGCUGACAUAAUGGCUCGUAACAUCCUGGAUUGGAUCCAGGGUAUUUAUCGUCAGGGAGCUCGUAAAACAAGACAGGAGAGUAAUGGGUACUUGCCGCCUUAUGGUAGUCAGAGGCCGCCGGAAAAGCCGAGGCCAUUCCAGCCAGCUCCAACCGGUGAACCAUCCUAUCCACCAUCACCCUCACCCGGUCUCAAUGAGGUCACAGGUUAUCCGAGUUUUCAGCCAUCAUUUGGUUCAACCCAGAGGCCCACGUACAUACCCCCAUCGUCAUCAGGCUUUACUCCCUCGGUGGGAUAUCCCAGCAGUCCACCCAGGCCAUUUGGAGGCUCAAUUGGACCGACUGGACCGUCUGGACCACCCGGAGGCUACCCUGCCACAUCGACGACCUAUUUACCACCGUCGACUAGCUACGGAUAUCCCUCGACGUCUGGGUAUCCGUCACCUACACCGUCUCCAGGAUUCCCAACACCUCAACCUGGAGGUCCGUCGCCUGGCCCUGGGGGGACUGAUUCAUAUGGAUAUCCCUCUCCUAGUCCAUAUCCAGGAUUCCCAACGCCAACUGGCCCUGGUGGAACUCCAGGGAGACCCAGCACUCCAGGUGGUACCCCUGGGGGAACUCCAGGAAGACCCAGCACUCCAGGUGGUACACCUGGAGGAAUUCCUGGUAGACCCAGCACGCCAGGUGGUACUCCAGGUGGUACUCCAGGUGGUACUCCAGGUGGUAUUCCAGGUGUACGUCCAACACAACCUGCUGGAACUCCAGGUCCUGGUCCAACCCCGGGAGGUACUCCAGCUCCACCCGACGAUGAUGACCUCAAGCAUCCCCCCCAUAUACAUGAACUUCAGGUAGAAUGCAGUAAAACAAUGAUGACGAUCAAUAUAGAGUUCAAUAGACAGUUUGACGGUGUCAUAUACUCGAAAGGAUUUUUUGCCUCUCCGGAGUGCCGUUACGUUGCAGAGAACUCUGGACAGACCAAAUACAGCUUCACAGUGAGUCUAGACUCCUGUGGGACUGAGUUCAUCAAUGACUUUGAGGGAGAGGCAGGCCAAUCGUACCUGGAGAAUGUUCUCGUCCUGCAGAAUGAGCCGGGGAUUCAGGAGGUCUGGGAUACCGUCAGACGAGUGCGUUGUCUGUGGGAGGGCAACAUUAAGAAGCCUCUGACAGUGAGUUUGUCCGUUGACAUGCUGAACCAGGAGAUUGUGACCUUCAGUGGAGACACUGCCACUGCCAAACUCGAUAUUCAGGUUGGAAAGGGACCGUUCGCUCCAGCUGCCAGUGGACUCGUCAAGAUUGGCGAGCCAAUGACACUCGUGGUGUCUGUCGAGGGAGAUCCUGCCUUCGAUCUACAAGUCAGAGAUUGUGUGGCUAGAGACGAGGAUUCCACCAAUGUCGUGCAAUUGACCGAUGAGAGGGGGUGCAUAUUGAAGCCAAAGUUGUUUGGUGCAUUCCAGAAGACGAAGGAGACUAUGAAUACAGGGGCUUCGAUCAUCGCUUACGCCUUCUUCCAGGCCUUCAAGUUCCCAGACGUAAUGGAUCUUUUUAUCGAGUGCAAUGUCGAACUUUGUAAGACCGAUUGCGAGGCUUGUCCAGAUGCUAAUCAGCAAAUCGAGCCAGGCAGGAGAAGAAGAGAUAUUUCCUACAUUCCAUCAAACAUAUCAUCUGGGGUUCUAUCAGAGCCUCUGAGGAUGUCCCGUGGAUUCCGCGUGAUUAUGCCUGACGAUCUAUCCCUAGCAUCGACUCAAUCUCUCGAAAACCUCGAGGAAACCGCGAUUGCAGAAUUAACCCUUGAGCAGAGUAUCUGUAUGACCUACACAGGAUUUUACACAUCCUUCUCAUUUAUCCUCUCCAUCCUUAUCAUCACCACUUCGAGUGCGGCAGUCAUGUACCUGAAGCUCCAGAAAAUAUCGAGGGAGAAAAAUCCUAAUCGUUCCGAAGGGAUUCAUUAAUAUUGAGGAGAGUAAAAAAUCAAAUCAAUUCUAGUAAAAUAAUUAAAGUAAUGAAGACACUCAGUUAGAACGUGUUGCGAAUGCCAUUGAGACUUGUGUGUUCAAUUAGUUUGCUUGCACCAUUCGCUUAAAAAUAAAUCCUCACUCCCCCAUGUGCCUAAAACUUCACAUUAUGCCCAUAUUUAGUUUAUUUCUUUUUCUUAAAUAAUGUACAUGAUGUAUUUCUUAUUUUAUAAUUUUGAUAAAAUGAAAAAAGAAAGUAUUGAAUUUUCCAUUCACACAUCAUUUCAAUUACGUCAUAAAUACCGUAAAUCCAUUGGAACGUCGACAUGAAAAUGGAAAUAAAUACAGUAAAAUGCCGUUAUAGUCGCAUCUAAUCGUUCGGCACCCGACUUUACUACCUCGGGCUCCAAGAUGUAAAGAAUUUACUGGUCCUUCUGGAGAGGAACUGAAUUCCAGGCAAAAUAAGGCCGAAAAAUAAAUUUCCCUCAUAUUCGAAAUUGCUAUGAAAAAAUUCAGUUUGCGAUCGCUGCGAGCGCGUGGUGGGGGAGGUUGAAUAUAUAGUCGAACUCUCCGAAUUCUCUUCCCCUAUAUCCCCAUACCCGCGACUACAACGGGACUCUAUUGUAAAUGAUAAAAAAUUAUGUACAAUAAACGGAGAGAUGGAAAUUCAAAAA